AUUCAGAUAGCGAUUCUAACUGCUACAACUUUCUGUCUGUCUGUUUCUAUCUGUCUGUCUGUCUUUAAACAUCUACAGAAGUGUUAUUGAAGAGAGGAAGGACAGAGUGAACGACUCCUCUGAUCUGUUCUUCAGAAUCAUGGCGUCUGCAGCUCCUCAGAAGCGGAUGGUUUCAUCUGUUUUCAUCACGCUAGCGUCUCCGUUCAGAGCGACCGUCACGCCGACGCCUCAUGUGCACAGCAGCCCGACCCAAGACAUGCAGCAGACCGCAGUACCGCUGCGCAGAACCUCCUCAUCCUCAUGCGCAUCUGCUGCAUCACAGGAUGGACAGAGCUGCCCUCCCGCCCCCACGAGCCCCCUGUAUGCCCAGUCACGCCCCUCUGCCGUGAACACCCAAACCACACCCACUGCACUGCACAACUCUGCCCCCUACAGGAUGAACAACACAACACGCCAAACAGACGUUGUUAACAGUUACCCUCCCCCUCCUCCUGCCCCUGAUGACCUCUCUGUCCCACCUCCUAAACAUGACCCCUAUGACCCCCGAGGACCACCAGACGGCCCUGCAGAGGUGAAUAAUGCAUGUCAUGCUGUAAUGACAGCAUAUAAACUGAAGGACUCUUCUGCAGCACCUCAUGGCAGCGAUGUUUGUGGAUUCUGUCGUAAGCUGGUUGUGCUGUCUGAGCCUGCAAUCGAUGCGCUGAACCGCACGUACCAUGCCGCGUGUUUUCAGUGCAGACAGUGUCACACGCCGCUGGCCGCUAAAAUGUACUACAAUAAAUCUGGUAUUCCACUGUGUGAGGACUGUUAUCAGGCCAGUCUGGAGCCGUGCUGGGCGUGUGGUGAUGUCAUUAAAGAUCAUGUGAUCCGAGCUCUGGAACGAGCCUAUCACCCUCCAUGCUUUGUGUGCACAACGUGCCGACAGCCAAUCGGAGAGCAGAGGUUUGCACAGGGGGAAGUCGGAGAGGUUUACUGCCUACAGGACUACUACAGGAAAUACGCACCUCAGUGUAGUGUGUGUAGAGAGCUGAUCAUCCCGCAAGACGAUGGAACAGACAGUUUUACUGUGGAGUGUUUGGGUCACUCGUAUCAUGAGGACUGUUAUUGCUGUAAGGUGUGUGGUGUACUUCUCUCUCCAGAGCCCAAUGAACACGGCUGCCACCCACUGAACGGGCAGAUCCUGUGUAAACCAUGCCACCUCACACUGAUCCAAACCGCACAGUGAUAAAUGAGUUUAUAUGACCACACAGAUUGUAUUAGAAACACAAACAAUGCUGACGGUGAAUUAUGAGAACAAAGAUUUGAAUACAACCUUAGGCAUAUUAUAAAUACUUUUACUUUCUAUUUUUAUCAUGUUUUCUGUGUAACUCCAUUCCACUGAUUUUAUCUAUGAAUCAAACUUAUUAACUGUAAUAUGAUAUCUUGCACUCUCUGAUGUAUUAUGCACUAAAAAAAAAAACAAAAAAAAAAAAAAAACACCAACAUUAUUUGUCCAUUGUAAUAACCAAUAGUAUGCAAACACACCCUUAUCCCAUCAAAAUAAACUAAUAUAUGCAGUAUUGUGCUCGA